AAUGAGGCAACUAGUCACACCUGUGACAGGUCCUUUAAAAGAAGAGGUGGAAGAGGUAGACCAUAACUCACAGACAACAGAGAGAGAGGCACCAGUGAAUCCCUUGGAAGAGUGCAGAAGGAGACGAUCACCAUGGCGAUAUUGACCAUCCUUCUGCUUGUCAGCACAGCUUUUGCUCUGGGAGAUGCUAUGAUACGACCCAAGACCCCAUGUGAGGAUGCUAGAGAUGCCGCGCUAAAUGGCCCAAUUGGAGCCUACAUCCCCACGUGUGACGCCGCUGGACAAUACACCCCUGAGCAAUGUUCAGGCUCUACAGGUUACUGUUGGUGUGUGAACAGUUCUGGACAGAAGAUCCCGGGUACUGAGACUCCUCCAGGCACUGCUACCAACUGCUACCAACUAGCCAUUUGUCCACCAAUAUGUGGACKMAGAUGAAAYGKGUUGGAACGAAGACGUUGAAGACUUUGACAGUUGUCUUUACUGUACUACAGYACCUGAUUCACAUUCUAUACAAAUAAAUGAAGAAAUCCAGAGAUUAAA